UUUCUUCCGCUUCUCUAUAAAUAAAUGCCGAGAGACGCCUGGGAAUCCCUCUCCCGUCGCCAUCGAUCGUCGCCGGUCUGGAUUCCGCCCGAGGGAGGUCGGCGGCGAGACCCUCGUCUCGAUCGCAGUGAUCGAAGCAGAUUGCUCUUCGUCGGUGAAAUCAUAGUGUUUUUUCGGUGGUUCUGCGUUUGCUUGUUCUCGAUUUGUUGGAUUUGAGUGGUUAAUUGUGGGAAAUUCGGCGGAUUCGAAGAGAUCGGGGGUUUCUACGCUUGUUUUGGUGAAUUUAAGGGUAACGAACUUGGCAUUUGGAAAAAACACACUGGCGGAGAAUAGGAGAGCAUCCUCAUGCUGUAUGAAGGCAGCAGUCGUUGUGUUUGUUGGUCUGUGCUUGGUUGGAAUAUGGAUGUUGACUUCCUCCAACAUAGGCCCUGAAGAUCUAUCUUAUAUAAUUCCCAGAUCGGAGGUCAAAGACAAAGCUUCCACUCCAUCUUUAGAUAGGUCAGACACUGAUGAUGUCAGGAGUGGGGAUACUGGAGAUCCUGAGAACACUGUUGAACCGAAAUCGGAUUCCAAGGAAGAGGAUGAGCCUUCAAAGAGGAAUGGAGACAGAAAGGUUGCAUUUGAUGACACUUCCGAAACUGAUACAUCAACUGUUGAAAAUAGUGGAGAAACAUUUGAGGAUAUGGUGCUGGAAAAUGAAGACAGACCACAGAAAGAUGAAAAAUCUGACGUUGUUGGAUCUCAGGAGACGGUUGAGAAUUUUCCUCCUGAGAAUCAGUCAGAAAGUUUGAACGAGAUCGGUAGCCAGAAUGGGUCUCCACAUGUAGUAGAGUGGAAGGAUGAGGAGGUGGUAGAAGCAUCCUCACCAGAGGACCAGAUCACUGAUCGCGACUGGAAACUUUGUAGUGUCACUGCAAGAGCAGAUUACAUUCCGUGUCUUGACAAUGAGGCAGCUCUUAAGAAACUCCGGAGUACCAAGCACUAUGAACACAGGGAGAGACACUGCCCUGAACAGGCCCGAACAUGCCUUGUUCCUCUUCCUGAGGGAUAUAAACAGUCAAUCAAGUGGCCGGAGAGCAGGGACAAGAUAUGGUAUAAUAAUGUUCCGCACACCAAGCUUGUAGCAUAUAAAGGACACCAAAAUUGGGCGAACAUUUCAGGACAGCAUAUCAGUUUUCCAGGAGGUGGAACUCAGUUCAAGCGUGGUGCAUUUCACUACAUUGAUUUUAUUCAAGAGUCAUGGCCAGAUUUGGCUUGGGGGAGAAAAAGUCGUGUUAUUUUGGAUGUUGGUUGUGGAGUGGCUAGCUUUGGAGGUUAUCUCUUUGACAGAGGUGUGCUUACUAUGUCAUUUGCUCCCAAAGAUGAGCAUGAAGCCCAAGUGCAAUUUGCUCUUGAGAGAGGCAUUCCAGCUAUAUCAGCUGUGAUGGGCACAAAACGGCUUCCAUUUCCAAGCAAGGUCUUUGAUGUCAUACACUGUGCACGCUGUAGAGUACCAUGGCAUAUUGAAGGUGGUGUGCUUUUGUUGGAGUUGAACCGGUUGCUCCGUCCUGGUGGUUUUUUUGUAUGGUCUGCAACUCCAGUUUACCAAAAGUCACUCGAAGAUAUGGCGAUCUGGCAAGCCAUGUCUGCGCUGACAAAAUCAAUGUGCUGGAAGAUGGUGGCUAAAAGAAAAGACAAAGUAAACAAUAUUGGCGUAGCUAUCUACAGAAAACCUUCUGACAAUAGUUGCUAUGAUAAAAGAGCAGAACAAAAUCCUCCUAUAUGUCAAAAAUCUGAUGAUCCAGAUGUAGCCUGGUAUGUCCCCCUGCAAGCAUGCAUGCACAGGUUGCCAGUCGAUUCUAGUAAUCAUGGGCUGGUUUGGCCUUAUGAUUGGCCGGCAAGACUUGAGAAAGCACCUUACUGGAUGAACACUUCUCCAAUUGGAGUUUAUGGUAGACCUGCACCACAAGACUUUACGGCAGACUAUGAACAUUGGAAACAUGUGGUUAGCAACUCAUAUGUUAACGGAAUUGGUAUCGACUGGUCUAGUGUGAGGAAUGUCAUGGACAUGAGAUCUGUUUAUGGAGGUUUUGCUGCAGCUUUGCAAGAGAUGAAGAAGGUCUGGGUGAUGAACAUUGUCUUGAUUGAUUCACCUGACACUCUUCCCAUUAUCUAUGACCGCGGGCUCUUCGGACUCUAUCAUGACUGGUGUGAAUCAUUUAGCACCUACCCGAGAACAUACGAUCUUCUCCAUGCAGACCAUCUAUUCUCCAAACUGAAGAAGAGGUGCAGAAUAUUGCCCAUAAUUGUCGAGGUAGACCGGAUGCUAAGACCCGGAGGAAAUCUGAUCGUAAGAGACCAUGUCGAUACAAUUUCCUCAAUAGAGAAUCUUGCUAAAUCUCUUCACUGGAAAAUCCGAAUGACAUUCUCAAAGGGCAAAGAAGGAUUGUUGUAUGCUCAGAAGUCAAUGUGGCGACCAUCAGAGUCUGAAACAAACACACCAUAACACUGUAGAUACCCUGCACCUCCAUCUGCAUAGUUUUAUAAAUAAAUUUUGAUAUUUUCAUUCAGUGUUUGUAUGAUUUGAUUGCCCUCGAGUAAUAGCAACUUCUAAAACAUAAUCGAAUACUAAAUCUCUUGACCAACAA